GCAUUGAGCACUAUAGGUUCACGGGCAGCAGUCAAAAUCCAUUUGACCCCUCCUUCCCCUCUCACCGCCCGCCACGUGUCCCCUCCCUCCAUUCCUUCAUUCUAUAAAGUGUAAACACUCUCUUCCCUUUCCACUCCAACAAACUACACAAAUCAAAUCCACCGAUUCAUUCAUUUCAUUCCAAACACAAUGAAGAACGCGCCGGAGGUGACAAUCCAGCUGCCGGAGGCGAAGACGGCCGCCGAGAGCGGCCCGUUGGUCUCCCCGCCGAGCACCGGCAGCCGGAGGAGCGACGUCAUGCACGGCGUGAUCCGGCUGGUCUGCCUGCUGACGAGCGUGACGGCGCUGGCGGUGAUGACGACGGCGAAGCAGGCCUCCACCAUCUCCCUCUACGGCUUCAGCCUGCCGCUCUACUCCAAGUGGUCCUUCGCCGACUCCUUCGUGUAUCUUGUUGGUGUAUCGGCAGCUGUGGCCGUUCAUUCCUUGCUCCAAUUGCUCAUCAAUGUCACGAGGAUGCUACGUAAAUCUCCUCUCGUUCCGUCUAGAAAUCAUGCAUGGCUCAUUUUUGCUGGAGACCAGAUAUUUGCAUACAUGGCGAUGAGCGCAGGAUCAGCAGCAUCAGGUGUGACAAGCUUGAACCGGACGGGGAUCCACCAUUCAGACUUGCCGAAUUUCUGCAAGCCAUUGCAAGUUUUCUGCGACCGGGUGGCGGUUUCCAUAGCCUUCACGUUUUUCACGUGCUUCUUGCUCGCCGUUUCUGUGGUCCUCGACGUAGUUCGCCUCUCUAACUACUAAAUUAACCUGCAAUAAUUCGGAUUUGGCAGUUGCCGUUUGAUGAUGCUAUAACUAUUGAUGUACUUAAAUGUAUCAUUGCCGAUUAUCCAAAUGUCUUAUUAAUUUGGAUUCUCCAUCUUGUCUAUCUACCUUCAUUUAAGUUAAAAACGUGCUUGUUGAGAUAUUCAAUCUUGAUGCUUCAUAAUAUCUAGUAUUUAAGAUUCUUAGUUCGAUAA